AUGGUUCUCAGCCGGUCUUCGUCUGUAGCCUUUUGGCUUGGCUUGUCGGGUCUCGUGGGUGACCUUACCGUGGUCUCUGCGGCGUUCUCGAACAGUGCUACAGACAACCUCGCUGUUUACUGGGGCCAGGACUCAUACGGGGCUUCAGGUGGUAGCAGUUCCGGCUACCAGCAGAACAUCUCGUACUAUUGCCAGGAUGAUGUGAUCGACGCCAUUCCUAUGGCGUUCCUGAACGUCUUCUUUGGCGAAGGAGGCGAGCCCUCCCUCGACCUGGCGAACACUUGCAGCACCGCCAAUGACCCCGUGUUCGAGGGUACUCAGCUGCCGGAAUGCCAAUUCCUGGCGUCUGGCAUCGAGACGUGCCAGAGCGCAGGCAAGAUCGUGACAAUGAGUUUAGGAGGUGCAACUGGAUCUGCGAGUUUCAGUAACUCGAGCCAGGCGCAAGAGUUCGCUCAAACUAUCUGGGACCUCCUUCUUGGAGGGUCCAGCAGCACCCGCCCUUUCGGCAACGCUGUCCUUGACGGAAUUGACCUUGACAUCGAAGGUGGUUCGUCCGAUUACUUCACUGACUUCGUCUCGGCCCUCCGCUCUUUAAUGAACUCUGGCUCGAAGACGUACUACCUCACUGCUGCACCGCAGUGCCCAUUCCCGGACGCAUAUCUCGGCAGCGUUAUCAACGCAGAGUCCUUUGAUGCAAUCUACGUGCAGUUCUAUAACAACUACUGUGGAUUGACCAACUACGAUAAUUCAAACGACUGGGACUUCGGCACUUGGGACAACUGGGCCAAGAACACUUCUCCGAACCCGAACGUCAAGGUGUACAUCGGAGCGCCUGCCUCGUCCUCGGCAGCUGGUUCUGGUUACGUUGACGCGGCGACCCUGGGAGCGAUCGCCCAAGCGACGCGCCAGCAGUACUCCUCUUUCGGGGGUGUCAUGCUCUGGGACGCCUCGCAGGCAUACGCGAACAACCGCUAUGAUGCUGCCAUUAAGGGCUACCUCACCGGCAGCAGCGUCACUACUGUCACUCCGAGCAGCACUUCCACGACGACAGCGGCUCCCACGACGUCUUCGGCGACCACUACAUCUGCCCCUGCCACCACCACCACUGCUCAAGCGGGCGACUGCGCGGGAGUCGGGACGUGGGUGGCGAAUGUCGCGUACACGGGCGGCGAUCAGGUCAUCUACAACGGCGAGCUUUGGACGGCGAAGUGGUGGAGCUACGGCGACACCCCGGGUGGAGACGCUGGCGACUGGACCGACGACGGCGCCUGCUCAUCCACGAACGGCAAGGUCCAGUACCAGAGCAAGGAGGCUCCUCUGACCGCCAGCCCGAAGGCGGGCACCGUGCCCAACCUCUCCUUAUCCGCAGCCAUCGCGGCCAAGACGGCCGACGUCACUCGGCGAAACUCCCGCUUCUUCCAGCUCUGAGAUCCCAACCCCGGAUUAUGAUGAUUGGGGCUCUGCAUACUUCACUUCCUUACAUCGCACACGACGCACUCACGGUAUCUAUUCCCACUCGUCUAUCUCUGUCCGUCUUGCUGCAUUCGCACUUCGGGGGCGUUUGACACCCCCCUUCGCUGCUCUCGCAUGUCUCCUUAGUUAGCUAUCCAUGGGCUUGUACUGGCUGUAUCCAUUACUUGAAUC